CAGUGUGUGGCCUCAGGUGAAUGAAAUGUUGUUUUAAGCCUGAGCAAGCAGGUUAGCCUUACCAAAGGUAAUCUUGAAUUCCUGUGGCCGCAGUGGAGAACUUCGACAUAAAGCUCAUCCAUUCAGGAGGUGCCCUAGAGCCAAGCACUCACCAUAGGGGUAGGGGGAAAACUGUUUUUCCUCCUCUAAAGUUUCAGGUGGCCAGAGUGUGACCCUCUGGGACACGCCACACACUCCAGGGCCUGCGGAUGGGAUCCUGAGGAAACUGGCAGAAGCCUGUGAAAGGGUGGCCUAUGGUCGAUUGAAUGGUGAUGACAUCUGGGCCAGGAAGAAGUCAAGGAGACUCCCGAUGAUUCCUGGUGGUAUUUACAGCUCCAAGUCAGAAGCCCAGCCCGUGGAAGAUGACAGCCCCAAAGCCUUUCCUGUGUUAGGGGAGCUAUCGAACUCACAUAAUGACAUAAACGAGUCGGUGUUCAUCUGGGGAAUCUCAGACAAAGCAACCCAGAGGAAAACCAUCUCUGUCGAUGAAGGUUUGUUUCACUUGCAACAGAAAAAGCAGCAGCAGCAGCAGCAGCAGCAGCAACAGCAGCAGCAGCAGCAGCAGCAGCCGCGACCGGAGCCCGUGCACAGGCUGGGGAGAGGUAAAGGGAGGCUGAAGCUGCCACAUGGACAUCCAGUUCUACCAACUCCUCUGUCUGGAUUUUGGAGAAGAACAAAUAGAAAAUUUGAGGGAGAAGACUUGAGAAUGUAUACAGCGAAACACAAAUGUUGAUUCUGUUUCAGUAUAACAGUGGAUAUCACUGGCGGCCUGGUUGGGUCACUGAAGCUGUGAGCAUUUCCCCACCAAUCCACUGGGAAGGAUGAAGCUGAGGAAGUCUUACAGGGGAAACACCACUUCCCUCGUGGGCUGUCCCAGGAGCAUCGCGUGAAACUUUGAUUUUGCAUGUGCCCCAGGCCCUGCUCCAAAGAA